ACUUGAAACACAACGAAGUCUGCUUUGAUAUCAUCACAUAGCAAUAGGGGCUGUUACGAAAAACUUUUAUAGGUUAUUUGCCAUAUAUUCAUAUUUUAUUUGACCAAAAUUCAAAAUUUAUACUGAGUACAGUAAAAUUGCUUUGAAAGAAAGCUGCUCACUAUGUCAGUCGCCGCAGACUCUGACAAUGAGCUGGAGGAGAACUUUUACACGUUUCUAAAUCUUCCGCGAGACGCGACAGGCGAGCAAAUAAAUGCUGCGUAUAGGAAGCUGAGUCGAAUUUACCAUCCUGACAAACAUGUAGACCCCGAGAGUAAAGAAAAAGCCGAACAACUAUUUAAUAGAACCAAGCGAGCUUAUGAGGUAUUGUCAGAUCCUCAUAAGCGUGCUAUCUAUGAUUGUGUGGGUCAAAAAGGGCUAAGGACGGUGGGCUGGGAAUUAGUGCAACGAACUAAAACUCCUGCUGAAAUACGUGAGGAAUAUGAGCGGUUAGCGCAAGCUGCUGAAGAGCGAAAGUUACAGCAAAGCACAAAUCCUCGUGGCAAUAUAACAAUUAACGUGAAUGCUACAGAGAUAUUUACACCAUACGAUGAUACACAAAUUCCCCGCGUAGAAAUCUCUUCAAUGAGUAUUUCACAAUCUAUUGAAGCUCCUAUUAAUCGUAAGGAUACGCUCACACUAGGUGGAAAUCUUUAUUCCUCUAAUGGUAAUGGAAAUGGGAAUUUUAUUCUGUGUGGACGAAGACUAGUGAACAAAGGUUGGUUGGAACUAGACAUUGGCGCCGGCAACGGACCUUUGGUAGGUGUGAAAGGUGGACGUACUCUUUCCUCUGUUAUAACUGUAAACGGAGGAACUUCAAUGAAUUUCCGCGAUGGUCGUGUAAUUCCAGCCGUAUUCUCAACAUUAGCAGUGCAACUUGAUAAACAUACGAUGGGUUCCCUAACGCUAAAUGUAAGCUCCCAAUCUUCCAUGACCACGCAAAUAGAUAGCAGUUCUGAAAAGCAUGCUUGGACAACUUCCUUCGUAAUCGGUUUCCCACAUAUAUACCUGAGUGCAGCAUACACGCGAAAAAUGAUAGAAAACGAGUUGAAGCUCAAAUUUGUGGCGAAGUUGGGCACAUUUGGGUUUUUGGCUGAAUAUGGAGCUGAGAAAAAAAUAUCAAAAUAUAGCUCUAUGUUUGCGGCUGUUUCGUUAGGUGUUCCAUCUGGAGUUAUGCUCAAAUUCAAAAUAGUACGAUCAAAUCAGUCAUACAUAUUUCCAAUACAUUUGAGUGAAGAAAUAGUACCUGCCGCGGUAUUUUAUGCCACAGUUACUCCGGUAUUGAUGUGGUUUUUCGUGAAAAAAACAAUACUGGAUCCCAUGCGUUUAGAGAGGAAAAAUGCCGAAAUAGAAAAAACGAAACGGAGUAAUGAACAACGGUUGACCAGGCAACGGCAGGAAGCACAUGCUGCCGUUGAAUUAAUGCAACAUACAUAUGAGCGUAUAGUUUCAGAGGAAAGUAAUAGAAACGGGCUUAUUAUAACUAAAGCAAUUUACGGACAAAUGGAAGAUAGUAGCAUUAACUUGAGAGAAAAUGCUUUCAUAGAUGUAACUAUACCGCUACAGUGUCUUGUAAAAGGAGGUACACUAGUGUUGUAUCGAUCAUCUAAGAGUGAACUACCCGGAUUCUAUGAUCCCUGUAUUGGUGAAGAUAAAAUUCUAAAAAUUGACUACACGUUUAGAAAUCAAAGCAAUUCAAUUAUAAUAAAGGAUAUGGAUUCCGUGCAGCUUCCAUUAGGUAGUAAUAACUGAUGUUAAACAGUCUAAAUUAGGAGUUAUUUUUUGAAAAACAUAUGAAUAAUUAUAAAAUCCUAAUUUUUCUUAAUUC